CUAGUGUCCCCUCUAUCUAUGGUUAGAGGGGCCCUCACUACUGCCUCCAGUUCCUCACAUUCUACAGCUAGGACUGAGGAAUUUUUCCCACCCCACAAAGGGGAAGGCCCUCUAUCCCAACAUCCCCCCUCCUCCUCCUCCACCCUUCCUACUUCUUCACCUCCACUCCCUGUCUCCUGCCGCCUUACUGCAGUCAUCCAUGGGAGACGCCAAACAGGGUCCCUGGAUGUGGUGUAUUUUGAUUUCCAUCUUGACAGUUUGAGGGAAGUAUACCUUCAUCUGACGGGGGGGCAAGUUAAGUCUUCAGAGGGAAGACUCUGUAACCUUGCCAGACAUCAAUGUGAGGAACUUGAGGGAGGAGUGAGGGGACCUCUCCUUGCAGAUAAAGGGGACACUAGUCCCGCUCUGCCCUUGCUGUCACCCUGGGAAACCCCUAGGCAAAGUCCCCGGAUGUACUCUUUACCGUCUUCCAUUUUGGCAUUCUGAGGGGUGUGGUUUCAGAUCAGCAGAGGGAGGAGUCCUAGAUCUGGCCAAUCAUGGAGGGGAGAACCCUGAGGGAGGCUUAGGGGCACCUCCCACCACAUAUAUAGGAGGCUCCAGGUCCGCCCUGCCCUGGCAGUUAUCUCUGGGAGGCGCCAGUACUGUUUCCUGUCUUCCAUUUCAGGACUCUGAAAGAGGGAAGUGACAGCCUUGAUCUGGGUCUGUGACAUUAGCAGAAGGAGUAGUCCCAGGAUCAGCUGACAGUCAAGGAAUAUCUGGGCAAGAGUGACCAGACAUGGUAUGCCCUCACUUCUUCCAUGAGGCAGGUGCCAGUGCCUGCAGGAGGUGAGGCCUCAAUCUGAGAGGGUGAGGUCAGGUCCCCAGAGGAGGUGUGACCAGACCCUGCAAGAAGUAAAGGAAUACUCUGAGAGAGGACAGAGGGUAUUCCCCAUCCCAGAACAGGUGGGAUCCAGCCUUUGUUGUCAGCCUGGGAGACUCCAGGUAGGGGUGGCUGGAUGUGAUCUCUCUUCCCUUUGUCUUAAGAGUCUCAGAGAGGUGAGGGGCUUGGAUUGACCACGAAGGCAGGUCAAUUGAGGGAGCCGAACAGAACAAGGAAUCCUCUGGGCUACCAGCAGUCAAAGUAAGGACCUUCGGUGAUAACAAAAGAGGAAGAGAUGCCUACUCCUGGGAUGCUGAGUCCUCCCCAGAGUGCUCAGAGCUCCUAUUUCUCCUCCGCUUCAUGGAGUACAUCAGAUGAAGAGUCCAGCAGCCAAGAAGAGGAGGAGAGUUCAAGCGUGUUGCAGUCCUCAACAGAUGCUGGAUCCUUGCUCAAAGACCCACUAGAAGAAAAGGUGACUGAUUUGGUGCGUUCCCUGAUGCUCAAGUAUCGACUGAAGGAUUCCAUCACAAAAGUGGAAAUGCUCGAGGUUGUUACCCAAAAUUACAAAAAUGAAUUCCCUGUGAUCUUCAAUAAAGCAUCUAAGUGCUUACAGUUGAUCUUUGGCAUUGAUGUGAAGGAAGUGGACCCCACCGGCCACUCCUAUGUCCUUGCCAACUCACUAGAUCUCACCUAUAAUGAGGUGCUGGGUGACAACCAGAGCAUGCCUACAAAUGGUCUCCUGAUAACUAUCCUGGGUAUGAUAUUCAUAGAGGGCAACUGUGCCUCUGAAGAAAGCAUCUGGGAAUUCCUGAAUAUGAUGGGAUUGUAUGCUGGGAAUGAGCAUUUCAUUUAUGGGGAUCCCAGGAAGCUCCUUACGGUAGAUUGGGUACAGGAAAAUUACCUGGAAUAUAGGCAGGUGCCCCACAGUGAUCCUCCAGACUAUGAAUUUCUGUGGGGUCCAAGAGCCCAUGCAGAAACCAGCAAGAUGAAAGUUCUAGAAUUUUUGGCAAAGGUCAAAGGGUCUGACCCCAGUACCUUCUCAGGAUGGUAUGAGGAGGCUUUGAGAGAUGAGGAAGAGAGAGCCAGGUCCAGGAUAGACCCCAUGGACAGGGGUGCUGCCAUAUUCAUUGCACAGCAUUAGUAAGCAGCUUCACCUGCCCCAAGUGAAGAAUGAGGCACAUUCUUCACUCUGUGUUUAAAGAGGGCAGUGAAGGCUCUAAGUAGGGAGAGCCAGAGUUAGGCUGGGGAGAACAGAGUGUACAACAACUUUGUGUUCUUUUUCUAUGUAGGUGGCACCGAGGUUUAUCUUUCGAUAUUUUUCAAAUGCUAUUCCUUUUAAUAGAAGAUUUAUUACCUUUAGAAUCUUGAGUAUAUUGAGGCCACUUGUGGUGGCUCACACCUGUAAUCCCAGCAUUUUGGGAGGCUGAGGCAAGAGGAUUGCUUGAGGCCAGGAAUUCAGGAAUCUAAGCUUAUGAACAACAUUGGUCACAUAUUUAUUGAUGUUUAUCAGCUUUACACAAAAUAUAGAGAAAAUGUAUUAUGCUUAAUUUGGUACUUUAACCCUUGAAUUCCUUUAACUCUUUUAGUUUAUUAUGUAAAAUUAAAUGAUAAAUACCUAAAUUUGUUUGGCUUA